UCCAGUCUCGUAUUUCGAAAUAGUUGUGGCAUUCGUUUCUUUUGUUGUUUAUCGAACAGAUCCCACCGAUGUACACGUGGGUGCGAAUGAGAAGCGACAACUGAAGUGUAAAUGGCGAAGACCAAGCAAGCAAAGUCGUGUUGACGGAUACCAAGUGGCACUGUAUGACAGUGCUGGAAUGCAGUAUUUGAAGGGGAAGGAGGUGGGAGCAUCCCGUCUCGAGACUGUCCUGUCAAACCUGGCUGAGCACAGCACGUACCGUGUGAAUGUGCGUUCGUGCUUCAAGGUGCGUGAGACGGGAGAGUGGAUUUGCAGCGAGGGCGUGAAUGCGUCAGCCACAACCAAUCCAGGCAAGUUGAGUGCCUCUUCCGUGGCCUUUCAUUUCGCUCCCCACCAAGACGACCGUGCACACUUCAAUUACACACUGACGGUGCUCAAUCGGAAGGCAAAAGUUGUGUGCGACGCCACGACAGGGAGGUGCGAAGCAACUGAGUUGCCAGCAAAUAGCAAAAUCGAAGUCGCCCUCGUGACGUGCUGCAAACACGAUCUUUGCAGUCCGCAGUCGAAGGGAAUAGCCUUCACUAAACCCGAAGCACCCUUAGAUCUACAGAUGGGUAGCCCCACUGCCACCACAAUCUACGCAUCGUGGUCCAGUCCUAAAUCUACAGAAGAAGCGAUUGUAGGCUAUCGAGCAUUAGCUGUCGACUCUUUGGGCAAGGUGACUACAUGCAACUCCUCCUGGCAUUCUCAAUCACGUCCUGAAUGUACAUUUAGAGAUCUCUCGCCCUGUAUGCGGUACAAUAUUUCAGUACGGACGUGCGCUCGGGAGGAUGACUGCAGUGUGGAGGUAACAGGGGUAGAGUAUACCCUGCCUGGACCCGUCGCUGAUUUCCAAAUGGAGCAAAGCGCAUCAACCAACGUGAGUUUCACCUGGACGCCCCAAUCUAUGGAGGUCUGUGAAUUAGAGAAUAUAACAGUUGUGGUGCAAGAGCAGGAAACUGGGUCAAUUGUCAGGCGCUGCUGGGUUAAGCAGCAGGAAACGGCGAACAGUUGUACGGUCGUAGGGUUGGAGCCCAACACGGCCUACAUCGCCUAUGCCGUGGCCUGUUCCGCCACCACGCACAAGUGUGCCAACAAAACUGACGACAUAAACAUAGAAACGCUUCCGGGCGUGCCUGUGGAAAUCAACAUGAGUGAGGUCUCAGCUCGUAGUGUCACCUUGAAAUGGGGUCAACCCGGUGGACGGCAAGAUGGCUUGAGUGGUUUUCUGGUGCGGAUAUAUGAGAGAUCAGAAGGUGGACAAAGGGUUCACGAUGGACCCAUUGCUAAUUGCACCACCAAUUUCGCUAACGGGGUUGGUGAUGCAAAUACCUGCUGCUUGGACAAUCUUAAACCAUCCACCAAUUACAGCAUCACGGUGACGACCUUCAAAAAGUAUUCGCGGGACAAAUUCAUCUUUGGAGAUGAGUCAGAGCCAAUAGAUUUUACCACAGGCAGGUCUACUCUUACAAUGCAGUUGCUGCCAGUAUCAAUUACUGAUGACGACUGCCUCGUAUUUGAGUUAGUUGAGACCUUGUUUACGUCUCUAGAGUUGUGCAUAGCGGUUUUGCUUUCCAUUUCAAGCGGAUCCUUCACAAUUGAGUAUUACCGACCGCGCCAUCUCCAGUACCUGUCCCAGAUACCGUCACCAUUGGCAGUCGAGGAGCUUGACGCUUGCAUUGAGUCGCUGGAUUCCAACAAACAAUUCAUUCCGCAUUUUAUGGUAAGAAUGUCCCUUUUUACGCUUAAGUUGCUGAAGAAGGUUGCAGUGAUGGGUGUCGAGAAGGAGUUCCACUUGACGAAAAAUGCGGGACUGCAUUGCAAAGAGCUGAAUCGCUACAUUGAUAUGCUUCCAUACGACCAGUCAAUUGUCAUCUUAGGGAGGCGGUGGCCACGAAUUUUGGACGAUCCUGAGCCCAAAAUUACCACAACAGAAUUGGUGAACAAUUACAUCAACGCUUCCUACAUACGAAGACCACUUUAUGGGGCCAAAGGAGAGGCCAUACCGUGCGAUGCGUCGGAUCCACCCGACUAUAUCGCCACACAGGGACCGAUGUCUACGACUGUUGCUGAUUUUCUGACAAUGGUUUACGAACAUCGUUCAAAAUUAAUCCUGAUGCUAUGUCGGUGUGAAGAGGACGGAAAGCAGAAGUGCAAGGAGUACUGGGACGACGAGUCCGAACUUUUGGUGACCUCAGCUACUCGAAGUGUCAAAGUCACCACUUCAAACGUUAAGAUUCUCGACUCCGGUCUUACCUGUCGCACCCUUCGCAUCAUGCCAUCAAAUGAAGCUGAACCAUGGUAUGUCACACAGCUACAUUUCACUCAAUGGCCGGACUGUGAAGCCGCAGAUAUGACUGCUCUCUACAAGUUAAUCAACUUCCUCUUUAAAUUUGUCCGAAAGAAUCCGGUUAACAGAACUUGCGGUCCACCGAUUAUUCAUUGCAGUGCUGGUGUGGGGAGGUCCGGAACACUCAUUGCAGCCAGUUAUCUACUAAAGAGGCUGCGGACAAGGCCUGAAAAGAUCGACAUUUUUGGAACCACGUUGGCCAUUCGGAGGUGGCGACCCAAUAUGGUUCAAACUUGGGUGCGUUAG